AUGUUAAAAGUUCAGCAGUGUGUAACAGCUGAUGGGAUACCCAAGAAAAAGCCAUAUAUUUGUGACAUUUGCUAUAAGCAGUUUGAAACUCCAUCAAAAUUAGCUAGGCAUUAUCUGAUACAUACUGGUCAAAAGCCAUUUGAAUGUCAUGUAUGCCAUAAAACAUUUAGGCAGCUAGUCCACCUGGAGAGGCAUCAGUUAACUCAUAAUCUGCCCUUUAAGUGUAUUGUUUGUUACAGAAACUUCAGAAACUUAAUCACUUUCUUAAAGCAUCAGCAGCUUCAUAGUGAAAAUUGCCAGAACGAUACUAAGCAAGCAGAAACCUUUGUAAAUUCUGAGCAAGACAUGGUCACUUGUGGCAUAUUUCGAUGUUCUAUGUGCUGGAAGUCUUUUACAACUGAAGAGAGUUGGAUGCUGCAUCAGUGUCUGAAGGCAGAUUUUCUACAUGGUGUCAGAAGGAGAAAGAAAAGUCACGCUUGUGAAUUGUGUAACAAGACAUUUCCAUCAAGAUCUAAGCUAGAAAGACAUUUCCUAAUUCACACUGGCCAGAAACCCUUUAAGUGUUCUUCGUGUGGCAAAUCUUUCAGACAGUCAACACACCUGAAAAUCCAUCAGCUCACACACACAGAAGAAAGACCUUUUCAGUGCUGCUUUUGUCAGAAAGGGUUUAAAAUACAGAGUAAACUCAUGAAGCACAAACAGCUCCAUGCCAGAAAUAAGAGUUUUCCCAAUAUUGUGUACAAAGCAAAGACUCUUAAAUAUCCCAGAACAUGCAAGCUAUUGGAAGGGAAGGAGGAUAAUUUUGAGAAUGCUGACACCUGUGAGUCAGAGGGGAAUGACCCACAUGAUGCUCAGUUGAUCUAUAUUGUACACUUUCAGUGCCCUGCAUGUGAGCAGUGUUUUGAAACUGAACAGGUCCUAAAUUUGCACAAAUGUUAUCUGAGAGAUGGCAAAAGUUCAAAUAAUGGUAUAAAGGCAUAUAGCCACUCAGUCAGCAUGAAAAAUAAGAUCCUGAAGAAGCUGAAGUGUACUGGAGGAAAGGCAACAGAUUUUUCUCUGACUGACAGAAAAAAAGUAAAGUCAGGUCACUUUAAAAAUCGUGACCUGAUUGCAGCUAGGGAUCAGUGUUCUGACCAGCAUGCUUCCACUAAACCUUUCAAGGAUUGCCAUUGCAAGCUUGACAUGCACAAGGGACCUGGUAAUCGGAUGAAAAGAACGUUUGCUGUGCCGUUACCUUGGCAAGAGCACCCGCAGCCUCACGACUUUGGAAUUAAUUUAAAAGGCAUGCUUACUGGUGAAAGCAUGUUAAACAUCAGUGAUUCACUGGAUAGUAAAGAGGAUGGGUUUUAUGGUUCAUCAGAUGAUGGUUUCUUUGAUAAUCCAGAAGUAUUUCAGUGUGCUUUUUCAGCUUCUGCUAAAAAUAUACAUAACAGACAUAAAGUGUGUAAAUGUGACAGAUGUGAAAAAAUCUUCCCGUCUUCAUCCAAACUUCAAAGACAUUAUCUUAUACACACAGGACAGAAGCCCUUUGGCUGUAAUGUUUGUGGGAAGACAUUUAGACAGUCAGCUCACUUAAAAAGACAUCAGCUCACCCAUACUGAAAAGAGACCCUAUAAAACCCCUGUUUGCCAGGUAGAAUUUGAAAACCUGAACAAACUUUUCAACCAUCAGGGAGAUCACAUUGAAUUUAAGUCUUCUCAGCCUGUGGGUUAUUCGGGUUAUUCUCAAACAUCUUCACAGGCAUCUGGCUUUCAAGAAUUUGAGGUGAUUGAGUCAAACCAAGCAGCUGAAAUCAAAGUUGAAAUUGAGUCAGGGGACUUUGUUCGUGACAACAGCAGUAGAAAUGUACAGCUGUAUUUGUGUAGUAAAUCGUUGGAAAUUGAGCAAAGCAGUUACGGCUAUUGGCACAGUUUUUCUGAAGGUACUGAAAAAAGUGAAGUUGUUAACAAACUGUGUCAAUGCAGUGUCUGUUUUAAAACUUUUAAAUCGCCUUCUAAACUUGAAAGACAUUAUCUAAUGCAUGCUGGACAGAAGCCGUUUGAGUGUUUAGUUUGCGGUAAAAAUUUCAGGCAGGCCCCACAUUUGAAGAGACAUCACCUUAUUCACUUUAAAGAGAGUUUAAAGGUGAGUUCCACUGAGCAGCAGCCAGAAAACAUACUGUUUUUAUCGAAACUGGGUAAUGCCCUAUGA